AAUCCAAUCUCUUCCAGACAGGAAUUUCUAUCUGUAACUCUGGAUACUUUCUGUGGAAUGGUUCCACUUGCAUCCAACUCUUUUCUUCUUGUCCGGUUUAUCGGAAUGCAUUUGCUGACGACUGAAGCGCUCUAUCCUUUGAGGAAGAACCAAAUAUUCCUUAUCGGAAACCAGGAAGGCUUUUUCUUCCUGCAAACUGAUGGCAUGGACUUUAUUUGAACUUUUAUAUGAACCACGCUCUUUCAAAAGGAUACAAACCAACAAGGGAGAGUUAACAUUUCGUAAACAGAAGUCUCACCCGUGUUUUCUUCUUUGACGCACUUUUCGCAGCAAGAAAAGGGACCAUGGAGAAUUUCUCAUUGCUGUUGUAUUUUCUGUCUUUGCUGAUUUUAUUUCAGGUGUAUGGAAACAACACCUGGCUGCACAAACAUCCAGGGUUUGAUGUUCUAGCCCAAGCGUCACACUACUGGCCUCUGGGGACUGUGGAAGGAAUCCACGAGUUGCGGGACACCAAUGGAGCUCUAAGAGUCCACAACUUCACUGUGCUUCCUUCCCAUAACUCUACUUUUGUAUAUACCAAUGAUUCUGCCUACUCUAACUUCUCUGCAACUGUAGAUAUAGUAGAAGGAAUGGUAAACAAGGGAAUUUGCAUCCCGGAUCCAACCGGAGUGAUGUUUCUCCUCUUCGGAAGCUAUCAGAACUCUUGCAUUAUUAAUCCUGAACUUUGUGAACCUGAAGGUGUCACGUUCUCUUUUUUCUGGAAGACAAAGGGGCAGCAGGCUGAUUCUCCCCCAGCAUAUGGUGAUCAGGUCCUUUCCAAUGGGUUCAAGAUCUCCUUCAGUGAAGGCAAAGGAUCUGUGGAACUGUACAACCAUCAACAUUCAUGGAAGUGGGAGGCAAGUUUCAUCCCAUCAGGUCCCUACUGGACUCAUGUUCUUUUCACCUGGAAAUCUCAAGAUGGUUUGAAAGUGUAUGUCAACGGAACCUUACAUACCACUGAUCCUAACGGAAAAGUUUCCUACAGCUAUGUGGACUCAAAUUCAAACAUGUUGACGGGAUCAGAGGCUGACCAGACCGGGCGUUAUGUUAACGGGGUUUUUGAUGAAUUUAUCAUAUGGGAAAGAGUGCUCACACCCAAGGAAGUUGAACAGUAUUUUGCAGCUGCUGUAGGUGAUCAACCUUUACUUUCUUCGACAGCUCCAUGGAGCCAACAAGCAACAGAAACGCUUCCAAUGCUGUCCAGAAAUGCCUACCAACCCAUCAUAAUGAACCUUACUGAGGAGAGAGGAAACUUCCAUCACCCUGGUGCCAUGCUGGACUACUUGGAAAACAUUUCCCUUGCAUUGCCCAAUGAAUCACUCUCAGCAGAGACUGCCUUUAAUCUUACUGAGGCUUUCUUGCAAACUGUAAUAGAUGUGCUUUCCUUAUCCAGCUGGACUGAUAUCAUGGAGACAGCACCCAUUGCUGGAGCAUUGGUCGAAACGGUUGACAGUGUGAUGUUGCACGUGGCCCGCAAUCUGGGAGGCAGCUCGUCGGGUAUAGCUUUCGAAGGAGCGUCAUCCGUGGCAGAUUAUUCUUUGGUCAAGAAGCCUCUUCAACUCCUGAACGUGUCUCACUAUCGUUUCCCAUUGCAAGGGCAGAGUUAUAUUUCUAUCCCUGGUGAAGCUUUCCAAACCAAAGCUUGGAUUACCAUCGUGGGGCUUCUCUACCAUUCCAUGCACCAAUACUUCCACAGUAUCAAACCUAUGCAGACCAAGAUUCCGGAAGCCGCUACCUGGAAAGACUGUAUGAUCUCAGCAGCCAGCUACCUUAUUUCCCUGAAAGUGGAGCCCCCGCCGACUCUGUCCCCAAACUUGUCAGCUGCUCCUCUUAUCACUAUCCAUCUGAAGCACAAACUGACUGCUCACCAGUACAGCCAAGCGGUGAACAAAAGCAACCGAGUGCAACUUUACUGUGCUUUUUUGGAUUACAGCAACGGGAGUGGCGUCUGGUCUAACGAAGGCUGUGUACGUGAGGACGGCAACCUCAACUACUCCAUCUGUUUGUGUAAUCAUCUCACCAACUUUGCCAUUUUGAUGCAAGUGGUCCCAAUAAAGCUACCAAUCGGACACCAGAUGGCGCUGUCCUCCAUCAGUUACAUUGGCUGCUCUUUGUCCAUCUUCUGUUUGACUAUCACACUGGUCACGUUUGCUGUUCUGUCCUCCGUCAGCACCAUCCGUAAUCAGCGCUACCACAUCCAUGCCAACUUGUCGUUCGCCGUUUUGGUGGCUCAGAUCCUCCUCCUUAUAAGUUUCCAUUUAAGUCCUGGAACGGUUCCUUGUAAAAUCUUAGCGAUUCUCCUGCACUUCUUCUUCCUGAGUGCUUUUGCUUGGAUGCUGGUGGAAGGCUUUCAUCUGUACAGCAUGGUCAUCAAGGUGUUCGGUUCAGAAGAAAGCAAGCACUUCUACUACUAUGGAAUUGGAUGGGGCUGCCCACUGCUGAUUUGUGUCAUCUCGGUCAUUUCAGCUAUGGAAAGCUAUGGAGAAAAGAACAACUGCUGGCUUUCCCUGGAGAACGGUGCAAUCUGGGCUUUUGUGGCUCCAGCUCUAUUCGUAAUAGUGGUCAACAUCUGCAUCCUCGUAGCAGUCACGAGAGUCAUCUCACGAAUAAGCGCUGACAACUACAAGGUGCAUGGAGAUGCCAAUGCGUUCAAGUUGACAGCCAAAGCCGUGGCUGUAUUGUUGCCUAUCUUGGGAAGCUCCUGGAUCUUUGGCGUUCUAGCAGUCAACGACCACGCGUUAGUGUUCCAGUACAUGUUUGCAGUAUUCAACUCCUUGCAAGGAUUUUUCAUCUUCCUAUUUCACUGUCUUCUGAACUCAGAGGUAAGAGCUGCCUUCAAGCAUAAAACCAAAGUGUGGUCCCUCACCAGCAGUUCCAUGCGCAACAUCAAUGUGAAGCCUUUCAACUCUGAUAUUAUAACUGGGAACAGGCCAGGAACCAGUCCUACAAAACUAAAUACUUGGGACAAGAGCACCAAUUCAGCAAACAGGAUCGAUCUCUCGGCAGUCUGACAUCAGACCCUACCAGCUGCCCUGUCCAAUAGCCAAGCCAUACCUUCAGGACUUUGGAUGUGGCGUCUGCCUGCCCAGGAUUUACUCUGGAUUUGUGCCUCUCAUUUUAUCGUCACCUGCUAAAUUGGAAGGGGAAAAAAUACCAUGUUGCAUUGGACCGAAUCAAUCUUUCCAGCUUUCAAAAAACAUCUUUACCUGCCGUAGCCAUUGAAAACUGCUACAGAAUAGCUAGCAACGAUAUACACUGGACAGUCUUGUAACUAAGGCAGAGACGAGAGAUGAGGAGGAGAAAUGGAUACUGCUGCCUUGGUAAUAGGACUGAGACAAGUUUAUGGCACCUCAGGAAAGGAGAUCACAACGAGCUUCGCUUUCUGCUUUGCAGAACCAAAGUUUGCUACGGUGUUCUUAAAACGGAGUCAUUCUUGUCCAGAUCUUCAUCCUCCACUGAUGUUAAAUAACAAGUAAUCCAAUUAUCUGAGAUGAGAUUUCCCAGCAUCCAGCCAACAAACAUUUCAUUUUAAUACUGUUUAGAAGUUGGUGAUGUAGAGGAACUAAAACCCAAGCCAUGCUUUCUUACUGUACGCUGGUCUUGGGACUAACAAAGAUGGCAGAUAUUGUGUUUGGGGGGGGGGGGGUUGCCUCCUACACAUCUGUUCAGUUUUUAUGAUGCUAUUUCUAAAGACUGUUGGUGAUGCGAAGGCCACCUGCAACGUUGCUUCGUCGGAGGGGCUAUUCAUGUUGACUGAAAUACCCUUUAGUAGGAGAAUCAACAGCAGUCUGUCCGGUGGAUUCUGCCAACAGAAUUAACCUGUAACUUUUGGAAACUAUUGCGGGGCUGACACUGUGACAUGUUUCUCUGUUUGCAGAGCAGAGUGGGACGCUGAAUGCCGAACAGAAGCAUACCAAAAAAAAAAAAAAAAGGAACACC